AUGUCAGACGGGCAGUAUGGACCAAUAUCAGCCGGAAUUAUUCGAUCAAUUACUGACAAAUCGUAUGAAAGACGGAAAGCAGCUGCACUUGACGUCGAAAAGUGAGCUAUUUUUAGUAAGUCUGAAUAUCUAUACUUAAAUUUCAAUUGCAGGUUAGUACGAGAUCUGUUCAACAAUAACCAGUUAUCACAACUUGAGCGAUGUCUAGCGGUGCUCGCAGAGCUCAUAAACUCGGGAAAUUCAAAUCAACGGAAAGGCGGACUCAUUGGAAUGGCAGCCGCUUCAAUUGCUUUAGGAAACAAGGUGAAAAGAACGAAAAAAGUUUGUUUUUAUAAUUUUAUAGUAUUCCAGAAUGCUCCGCAUUACACAUCCAGGCUUGUCGAGCCAAUAAUCCCAUGCUUCCUCGACGCCGAUCUUCAAAUCCGCUACUACGCGUGUGAAUCCCUGUACAACAUUGCGAAAAUCUGCAAAACGGGAGUGCUCGAUCACUUCGGAGAUAUCUUCGACGUACUGUGGAGAGUAACUGCUGACUCCGAUCAGAACGUGAGAGGAGGUGCCGAACUUCUGAAUCGGCUGAUCACUGAAAUCGUUCUUUCGAAAGAAGACUUCGAUAUCGCAAUUCUGAUGGCACUCAUCAGAGACCGGAUUUACACUCAGACGACGUCGAACCGAAGAUUCAUUCUCGAAUGGCUGAACACAAUCCAUUCAGCACCAUUCUUCUCCAUCUGCAACUACAUUUCCGAAAUAUCCGAUGGUUUGUUCAAGAUGCUCGGCGAGCAAGCACCUGCAGUUCGUGACAUGUGCGAGAAUGUGCUCGGCAACUUCCUGACGGCCAUCAAACACAAACCAGACGCCCUUGCUCAUGAGGACCGCAUUCAAAUGAUCAACGUACUCGUCGUUCAUGCUCACGAAAAUGAGCCAUUUCUGGCGAGAAAGCUCUCUCUUAUCUGGCUGGAAGAGUUUCUGAAAUUGUACAAAGAGGAGCUGUUGGUGAUGUUGUCGACGUUCCUUGUCGGAAUUCUUCCUUCAAUUGUGGAGCACGAACUGCGAGCCGACGCUGUCAAUCGCUCACUGAUGGCGUUGGCCGGGGAAAACAAACUGGAUCAGGACAUUCUGGACAAAACGAUUGAGGUUCUUCUGAAGUACAUAAAACACGAUAUCGUCGAAACACGAGUCACGGUGCUCAAUUGGAUCCGGCACUUGCACAGUUCGAUGGCUGGCCAGAUCUUCGUCCACAUGCAUCUUAUUUUCCCUGUUCUCUUAAACACCCUCUCGGAUACCUCCGAUGAAGUCCUUCUUUUGGAUCUCUUCCUCAUUUCCAACAUUUGCCAAUCGGAAUUCGCUCCGGAUCAAGUAGACAUAUCGACAUUCGGACUCGACGAAAAUGCUCUGAAGCAAGUCUCGGACAUCUCCCCAUUCCUCAUCAAAUUCGCUCUGAGCCUACUGGAAAUGUUCCGAACAGAGCCGUCGUUGCUCCGCGAGCGAGGAGUGCUCAUCAUUCGCCAACUAUGCCUUCUCCUGGAACCCGCCCAGAUCUACCGUGUUAUCUGUGUUCUACUGGAGCGUGAAUCGAAGCACAACUUCGCUCAAGAGAUGGUCUCCACCCUGCACGGCGUUCUGCUCACUGCCACCGAGCUUUUCAUCCUUCGCGACGAACUCCGUGCGUUGGCCACCGAAACUUCUCGUUCUCUGUUCGAAUGUCUCUUCCGAGUCUGGUCGCAUCGUCCGAUCGCUCUUCUAGGACUGUGUCUUCUUUCGCAACACUAUCAGCAAGCCGCGGACGUGGCACUUCUGCUCUCUCAAGUUGACAUAACUGUGGAUGUGCUCCUGGAAAUCGACAAACUCGUCAAUCUCAUCGAAAGCCCUGUCCUCGCUUGUAAGCUGGGAUAAUUGUUCGAAACACUUAAAGUAUAUCAUUCCAGACGUGCGAAUGGAUUUGCUCUCUUCCGUCCACCGCCCGGCUCUCUGCACCGUUCUCUCCGCCCUUCUGAUGCUCCUUCCCCAAUCGGAAGCCUUUGUUACUCUUCACAAACGCCUUCAGGCCGUCCCAGCCUUAGUCUCAAUCGAGUAAGUCUCUUCCUAACAGAUGGAUCCUCUUCAAUAUCACUUUCCAGCAACUCUCCAUAUGCUCCAAAGGUUCCACCGUGCCGCAUCGACUUCCCUCCCCUCAUGGCUCAUUUCAAGGCCGCACUGGCUCGCCGCCAAUCCGAAGUCCGCUCCCGCCACAGAGAUCUUCUUUCCGGAGUUGUUACGAACAUGCGGAAUGCGCAGAUUUGA